AUGAAGGUUCACCAUUCUCAUGUGGCCUCUUACCUGGAGAAAGCGGCCUCGGCGUCUUCGUCUCCGGCUACUGCACCGUCCACCUCUCCUCCCUCGGAGCUGUUCCCUUUCGGCGCCUUCCAAUGCCUCCGGCCGCUGGCGCCCAAGAUCUCCCUCCCGGACCAGCCGAAGAAGCUCGUCGCGCCGCCGGACGUCCUCGGCCGCGUCAGGAACGCCACCAAGCUGCUCUGCUGCACCGUCAGAAACCAUACCGUGCAAGUGCCGGUGGGAGGGACGACGCGGUGGAACCCGUCGGCGGAGCAGAUCAAGGUGCUGGAGGCGCUGUACCGUGGCGGUAUGCGCACCCCGAACUCGGCCCAGAUCGAGCGCAUCACGGAGGAGCUCGGCCGGCAUGGCCGGAUCGAGGGCAAGAACGUCUUCUACUGGUUCCAGAACCACAAGGCCCGGGAGCGGCAGAAGCAGAAGCGCGCCGCCCUCCUCACCCUCAGCACCCUCGACUCUUCCUCCCUGCCUGCAACGGCGACCAAGGAUGGAGCCGGUGAUAAGAAGGAAGCUUGCGACGAUGCCGUGACGAGCUGCAAGCGGCAGUGCAGGACGUGGGGCGAUGGGCAUGGCGAUGCUGCGGCGGAGGUGGCCGCCGAGGGCUGCACGGAGAAUGUCACCCUGGAGCUCUUCCCGUUGCGUCCGCAGGGGAAAGCUGCGUAG